UGUGUCACCCCACCCCUGCAGUCAGAGAACACGUAUCUCUGCCAGAUCUACAACCUGACACUCCUCUGCAUGGAGGACUAUGUCGUGGAACCCCAGUCGGUGCAGUUCCUGGUGCAGCACGGCUUUGACUUCAACAAGCAGUACUCCCAGGGGAUUCCUUACCACAAGGGCAACGACAAGGGCAACGAGAACCAGAGCCAGAGCGUUCGGACUUUUUUUCUGGAGCUUAUACGAGCGAAGAAGCCUCUUGUUCUCCAUAAUGGCCUGAUUGAUCUGGUCUUCCUGUACCAGUGCUUCUACGCUCACCUCCCAGACAGCCUCGGCACUUUCACUGCCGACCUCUCAGAAAUGUUUCCAGCAUACGCUUCGGAGUUUGAGACUCGUUUUGUAGCAUCCUACCUGGAGUAUGCUUACAAGAAGUGCAAGCGAGAGAAUGGCAAGCUGAAGGAGUCCAGCGGCCAGCACCUCACUGUUGAGUUCUGCAACUACGCUGCAAACAUGUGCCGUUACAUUGACUAUCGCCACUGCUCUCUGGAAGAAGAAAGACUCAACAUGGGAGGGGGAAACAAGGUGCCCAUCUGUGAGAAAUUUUCGGCCUAUGGCUUCUGUCCAAAAGGGGUGAAGUGUCCACAGUCUCACAACAUUGACCUCAUUAUUGAUGAGGAUGACAGACUUUGGGAGGAGAAGCGAAAGAAACGGAAACACAAAUGGAAGCAGCGUAAGAACGCAGAAGAGCCUGCAAAGGCGUUCAGAGAGGAAAACUCAGGGAAAGAAAUGGAGCUAGCUCAGAACGGGGAGGAGGGACCGCCACGAAAGCAGAGCUGCUAUGAGCCUGCAGCUGCCAUGGAGCUGGCAGAGAUCACACCCAGCCGUGAGGCUAGGCCACUGGAGAACACAGGCAUGGAACCAGAGGUCAGCUCAGAGACCAGCGCACAAGGGGAAGAUGAUCUGGGGAGCAACAAAGGAAUCAGUGUCCAGGUAGCAGCUGCUGUGAGCCCUUCUGCCAAGGGAAAUGCCUCUGACAGUGACCAAGUGGAGGAGAAGUCAGAGGUUCCCGAUGGGGUGGGCUCAGUGAAUCACCUCGACAUCCCCCAGACUGAAGCAGCACGUGCUGCAGAAAAGGAAAAGGAAAGCCACAGUCCGCCUUCACAGGGGGGCACACACCGAGCUGGCUUUGACGCAUUCAUGACUGGCUACAUCAUGGCUUAUGUCUGGAUGCUCAAGAAAGGAAAAGACGUGGACUCUGGUGCAGGGCCCUGGUUGCCAGACUGCCAUAAUAAACUGUAUCUCAGCGGGAAAUCGGUGCCACUGCAAAUAGUGAAGAGCUUGUUUUCUAAAUCUUCCAAAGCUCACAGCCAGAAGAUGAAGUUGGCCUGGGCCAGUGGGUAG